AUGGCUGACUAUCUUUCUGUAGUCACUCGAUAUGUUGAUGGAGCUAACUGCUCAGGAGUUAGCUAUUUUGGUAUUUUCUCCGAUGAAGAUGAACCAAUGAAUGUCUCUAUUGAUAAUGCUGAUACAGAUGAGCAAGUUGUUGCUCGUCUGAUAGAGUUUGGAAAUCUUUCUGCAGAAGAAAGACAACAAGCUCUUGUAAAUCAAGAAGAAGUUGUUGUUGAAGAGCUGGUUCAAGCUCUUGUAACUCAAGAUAAUGAAAUUGUUGUGGAGACUGUUCAAACUCCAAAUGAAAAAGAGGUUGUGAUAUCCCCUGUUGUAAGAACAGAGGAAGCUCAAGAAAAGGAGGUUGAAGUUAGUCAGCCAGGAAGUAUCAGAUAUGAGGGGGAACCUUCAAAUGACAAAGAUGAAGAAGAGAGUUCCUCGUCUGAGGGGGAACAUGAUCAAAAUGCUAGAACUAUCAAGCCUCUACCAUUUCCGAUAUUAUUGCUGGUAAUGUUCAUGAGAAUAUUCUUCAUCCUCUCCACGGCAAGGAUUCACACCAAAGUUAAUCCUAUUCAGAGCAUGGCAGCAGACUCACAAGAUGAUUCGUCUAAUGAAGGAUCCUCUGCUGAUGGUGAGCCAAGUAGAAGAGGUGACGGUGUAACAACCGGCACCAUAUCUAAGCGAGCACCAACCAACGAUGAAAAUCCAAGGCCAACCAAAAGAGGUGGAGGUAGAAGCGGUAGUGAUCGCGGAGGCCGAAGCAGUAGUGAUGGUCGUGGUGGGCAAUCUGGUAGUGAUCGCGGAGGUCGUACCAAUGGCGGUGAUCGUGGUGGGAGAUCCAGUGGAAGCGGUAGGGGUGUACGUGCUCUUCCUCCUUAUCGCAAUCUGUUAACCGAUCAAGAUAUGACGAAUGAAGGGAUGAGCUAUGAAGGAACUCGUUUCCCUAUCGAUCCUCGAGUGAAAAGUGAAGAACAAUAA